UGUGGGUGUCUAGAGCAUUUUGCACUGUGAAGAGUGCAAUCCAAAACUAAGAUUUUCUUAAGCUUGUGAAGAAAAUAUUGUAGACUAAAAUAGGUCUGAGAAAGUGACUCGUGUGUUCUAGAAACUCUAGUGUCUGUGUUCGUCUAGAUUUUUUUUGGACUGUGAAGUGUUAUUACUCCUAUUUUGAGUCUAUAUGAAGCUUUUGCUUAUUUACGCUUGAGAAACAACUAAUUUCGUGACUGUGUUUACAAACUCCCAUUUUAUGUGCACAAAUAUUGCGAAUUCGAUCUGAGAAUAGACCAUCAACUGAAUCAGUACGAAAUUUUAGACACAAGAGGUUAUAAAACCUAGAUAUGGCAAGUAAAGUAUUUAACCGACUUACGCAAAUGGGUGUCGGUCUAGCUUUCGUCGGAGGAGUAGCUAACAACGCUCUUUACAACGUAGAUGGUGGAGAAAGAGCAGUGAUCUUCGACAGAUUUUCAGGCAUAAAAAACAUGGUUGUAGGAGAAGGCACACACUUCAUCAUACCUUGGAUCCAAAAACCUAUAAUAUUUGACGUCAAAUCGAAUCCUCGAAAUGUAUCAACUGUGACUGGAAGUAAGGACCUUCAAAGAGUCGAAGUUACUCUGAGAAUCUUAUUCAGACCUAUAGCUGAAGAACUGCCUAGAAUAUACACCACUUUAGGCGAAGACUAUGAUCAGAGAGUACUCCCUUCAAUAACGGGAGAAGUAUUGAAAGCAGUAGUCGCACAAUUCGAUGCUAGCGAGUUAAUAACGCAAAGAGAAAUGGUCUCCUUCAAAGUUAAUGAAAGUCUCACUGAGAGAGCUCGACAAUUUGGACUCAUACUCGACGAUAUAGCUAUAGUACACAUAACUUUUGGUCGGGAAUUUCUUCAAGCAGUAGAAUUGAAGCAAAUAGCUCAAUUAGAAGCUGAGAAAGCUAGAUUCAUGGUUGAAAAAGCUGAACAGAAGAAAAAGGCAGCAGUUAUAUCCGCAGAAGGGGAUACCCAGCAAGCGGUACUAUUGGCUAAGGCAUUUGGUACUGCCGGUGAAGGCCUUGUGGAAUUGCGAAGGAUUGAAGCCGCUGAGGACAUUGCUUAUCAGCUUUCUAAGUCCAAGAAUGUUACGUACCUGCCUGAUGAAGGAUUUGUGAAUGUUAGGAGUUAGAAUAGGAAAAUCCUAUAAUUUUUUCUUAACUAUACUUCCUUUACCAUUCCAAAUAUUAAUGUAGUUAAAAUUAAUUAAUAAUACUUCCAAAAUAAUAUUAUAAUAUAUGUAGCUAAUAAUAGUAAUUUAAUAAUUAUUUUUAUUAUCCUAUUCCUUAUUCAUUCCAAUUUUUAUUAAAAUUAAAUUAACGAAUGAAUAUAAUGUUUAAAUGUUGUACAUAGAUAAUAUUUUUAAUAGAAUUUAAAUUCAAUUCGCAUUUUUCAUCAAUAAAUAACAACGAAUAAUUUCAAAUUUCAAAUAAAUUCUAUUAUUGUUCGAAUAAAUUUUAUUCGCCCAAUAAAUAUACAAUUUAUUGGCCCAAUAAGUCCUUUUCUCCCCAAAUGUCCUGUCUCUAGCCCCGUGUACGACCAAAACCAGAUAUUUCCAGUAUGUUCUGACCCUAUUUCGCCAUGUC